ACGGCCCUGGCUCGCUCGAGAGAUAAAUAAACAGCGCAAAAUGACACAGGGCGAAGAAAAGAAGAAAACCAGGAUGAAAGACGAUAAACGGGAAAACAAGAAAGCGUGCGGGGGCGCAGAGCUGCCGCAGACAGCGGGGGGGAGAGACACAAUGAAGUUAGUGAGCUCCUCUGAUAGUUCAAAGGAAGACGGUGAGCUGCCCGCGAGUAAGAAGGACUUCCCUGCACUUUUUAGCUUAAUUGUACAAAGACAUGAAGGGGAGACAUGUGGAGGACAGUUUCAUGGAGAAGGGGUCGCUUGGUUUAAAGGAGGACACACGUACAAGGGGAUGUUUGCCAAGGGACUGAUGGAUGGACGAGGCGUCUUCACACAUGCAAGUGGACUGAAAUAUGAGGGAGAAUUGGUGUGCAACAUGCCCAUGGGCCGUGGUACCUACACCUGGGCGGAUGGCAGCUCCUAUGAGGGGGAGGUGUACAAUGGUAUACGACACGGGACUGGAACCUACAUAUGUGCAAAAAGUGGUGUGGUAUACAAAGGGGAGUGGGAGCGAGGCAAGAGGCACGGAAAGGGUGCAGUGUAUUAUGACCAGGAUCAGACCUCUUGGUACAAAGGAGACUGGGUGAAGAACAACAGAGAGGGACAGGGAGUGAGAUGCUACCCCUCUGGUAACAUUUACUCUGGUGAGUGGAAGAGCAACCUGAGACAUGGAGAGGGCACCAUGAGGUGGCUAAAACUGGGACAGCAGUAUGUCGGCAUGUGGCAGAAUGGAGUCCAGCAUGGGCGAGGCACACAGGUCUGGAUGCUGAGGCGAGUGGAUGGAUCCCAGUAUUCCCAGAGCAAUCAGUACACAGGGGAAUUCGUUCAGGGUCAGAGGCACGGACAGGGAGCCUUUUACUACGCUGGUGGCGAGAUCUAUGAAGGGGAGUGGAAGAACAAUAAAAAACACGGGAAGGGAAAAUUUACUUUUAAGGAUGGGCGUGUCUUUGAAGGAGAGUUUGUGGACGAUCGGAUGAUGACACAAAGCCUGGACGGAAACAGAACUCCUGUUCAUCUGUGUGAUAGUGAUUCAUCCAUCUUAGGACCAGACAUGGCUCUGAGCAUUAAAUGUCUGUUGGAUAUGAUCCCUGAGAGAGAGCGCAACACUGAGCGUAAACAGGUGGAGUUUAUGGUGCUCAUGCAUGGCGUAGAGUUGAGGUCUGUCUACAGUUUCUACAGCAGACUUGGCCACGCCCACUCCCCAAAUAAUGUGUUCCUGCUGACCCGCCUGCAGCUCUGGCGCCUGCUCAAAGACUGCAACAUCCACCAUCAUGACAUCACUCUCACGCAGAUUGACCAUUUUAUCAGAGAGGAUGCCGCUCCAGCAGAGAUCCACUCUCCCUUCACUGCCAUGCUCUUUCGUAAGCUCCUCAGCUGUCUAGUGGUUGUCGCCUACCACAUCUACCAUAAGGACAUGGUGUCACAGAAGAACCUUCUGGCUGCCUGUUUUUCCAAACUGAUGACAGACAACAUCCUCCCCAAUGCUAAGAAUGUAAAAGGAUUCCUGUUCAAGCAGCCAGGCUUUACCGUGGUGUCUGUGAACUACUUAAAUAAGUGCUGGGAAAUCUACCAGGCUUACUGCAAAGUCAAUGCAGCUCCCAGAGAUGACCAGACCAUGACCUGUCGACACAUGCUGUGGAUGUUCAAGGAUCUCCAUCUGCUGGACAAUAACCUGACCACAGAGAGAUUACUGGAGAUCAUCACUGCAGAGAGCCGUGACCCCAGCAACCUGUCCUCUAAUGUGGAUUUGGAGAUUACAUUCCUGGAGUUUUUUGAGGUACUUCUGAGCUCUGCUGAGGUGAAGUGUCAGCGGGUUUCUGAAGGCCAAUUGCUGUCCAACCCUGACGCAGGGGCCAGGAGGGAUGUAGCUGAGGUGGCAGCUCCAGUGAAUUCCCCCAUCCCUCCUGAAAUCUCCAGCCCCAAGUCUGAAGAGACAGAAAAAUCAAGUGACACAUUGGAAUUAUCCACUGUUCAGGACAUGGAGAGUCAAGAAGAUGUCAAAACUAAACUCACGGAGGAUCCUCAGUUUGAAGAGCACAGAGGUGAAACAAAGUGUGUCCAAACCAGAGGAAUGGAGGCCAAAGACUGUAAACUGGAGCUUUGGAUCCAAACAAUCCAUCAAUUCUUCAACCAUUUUUUCUUCCCGGCUUUUGAACAUUAUCAGCUGGUGUCUAGAAACACGAAGGAAGAAAAGCUCCGCCAGGAAGCCCAGAGACGCAUCGCUCUGGCCAAAGCCCAACAAAGAUCCAGGUAGAGGGGGCAUUUGGAGGCUGGUGAGUGACAACAUGAUAAAGAUGCAGUAACGUGGGCAGCAUGCAGAGAAACCUGAGGAAAUCACAAUGAAGCCAGUUGUUGUAUACCUGAACUAUCCACACAGUCCAAAAAACAAAAUGUCUUAUAGUGAUACAGUGAG